AUGAAGUUUGGAGAAUUUGUUAAACAAAUUGGUGUAAUAAGCUCAAAAGGAUUGCGAAUGGAUGUUCCCACGAGAUGGAAUUCCACUUAUUUAAUGCUUGAAAGUGCGUUAAUAUACCGUCGUGUGUUUGUUCAUUUGGCACUAAUAGAUCCCAAUUAUAAAAGUUGUCCUUCAAAUGAAGAAUGGGAUAGGGGCGAGAGGAUUUGCAAGUUUUUGCAACCGUUUUAUGAGAUCAUUACUCUUUUUUCGGGUUCCCAGUACCCCACAGCAAUCUUGCAUCUCAGAAAUGUGUGGAGAAUUCAAGUGCGUUUAUACGAAGAGAUGGAAAAUGAGGAUGAAGUUCUUAAUACCAUGGCAAGUCAAAUGAAAGGAAAAUUUGACAAAUAUUGGGAUUCUUAUACUGUUGUGUUAGCAAUUGCAGUAAUUCUGGACCCACGUUUAAAGUUUGAGUUUGUUGAGUUUUGUUACAAAAAAGUUGAUGGCUCAGUAGUUGCAACAAAAAAGUUGGAGUUGGUGCAACAGGAGUUGUAUAGGCUUUUUGCUGCUUAUGAGAGUCUAAGUGGCCAUGAGGUUCCCACUGGAGAUGAUUGCGUACAAGCUAGUAAUCCUAAUAUCAUUGGAGAUGAUAUUUGUAAAUUUAACUACUACAAGAGUGACUUUAGUGCUACUAAGAAGUCCGAAUUGGAUACUUAUUUGGGAGAGGCAAGGUUUGAUCGCAUCAAAUUUUGCAAUUUGGAUGUCCUGGACCAUUGA